AUUUUGCGAAAUGCGACGUUUGUUUUAUCCUGGAACUGAUGUUGUACUUGUCUUUUUCGACACAACUUGCAGAGACUCAUUCGAAGCUCUUGAAUAUGAAUGGAUUCCGGAGAAACUCAAUUGGCUCCCAGACAUACCAUGGAUUUUAGUUGGUACAAAAUCAGAUUUGCUUUAUGACACAACUUGUGAGGACACAAAAGGGACUGUACCAGUAAAACAACAAGAUAUAACAGCUCUUUGCAAAAAAUAUAACUUUGAAUACUUUGAAACUUCUGCUAUAACAGGAGAUGGGGUAGAAGCAUGUUUGUUUGCAGCUGCAGCAGCUGGUGUGGCCUUUAAAUAUGGGAAAAACAACAUUCCCUUAGUUUUAAAGAUAAAUGUACUGGAAAACGGUAUGACACGUUUAAAAUGUUUUCACGAUUUGCUUACUGAAUAGUUGCUAUUUCUAUUCAUAUUUUUUCUGCAACAAAAAAAAAAGACCAAGGGUUUUUUAAAAGUCGAAUACCACGAAACGAAAAAACGAAAAAUGAUGAAAAGACAAAAGACUGCCAACAAAACAUCAUAAAGAAAAGCUAAA